CAGCGCCUCUGACUCUCUGCAGGAAAUGUUCUUUAUAUUAGACAUAUACAAGCAGGUCCUGUCAGAUGCGCAGCCUAGCCGGAGCGCCUUUCCCGCCGGUAAAAAUGGACCGGGGCUUGGCGGGGGUCCGGAUCGGUUCCGAUAGGAGCCUAGACCGAUUCCGAAAAGAUCCCUAAGAAUUUGGGUUUUAUAAACAACUCCGAAGAAGCGAUUCCGAGGCGAUAUCCCAGAGCCGGGUCCUUCCUCGGCGUUGUGCCGGCUCUGCAACGGGGUGGAAGAGGAAGGCAACCCCAUGGGUGCUGACACCCCUUCAGAUUGUCGGUGGGAGACUCGUGGAGACUCGAUGCCGAGCUUGGAAGAGGGUUGUUUUUUUUCUACACCAGCGCUGCGGACGGGAGCAAUCCUUUUCCCUGCCAGGACCUGAUGCAAUCCAUUCGAGCCAACAAGUUUGGAGAGAAUGUUGAGUUCAAUCAAUUCAGAGCGUCGCGAUGGAGCCCCAUUCAGUCCAGUGGGUCGGCUCCCCGUGUGGCUCCCACGGCGCCUACGUCUUCUACAAGGCUUUCCAGUUCCACCUGGGAGGAAACCGCUCCCGGAUCCUCUCCUUGGGCGACUUCUUCUUCGUGAGGUGCCAACCCCGGGACCCGCUUUGCAUCGCCGAGCUCCAGCUGCUCUGGGAAGACAGGACUUCCCGGCAACUUUUGUCCAGCUCCAAACUUUAUUUCCUCCCGGAGGAUACUCCCCAGGGCAGGAGCAGCGACCACGGAGAGGAUGAAGUUAUCGCUGCUUCAGAAAAGGUAACAGUGAAGCUAGAAGACUUGGCAAAAUGGGCUCAAGCAGACUUCUCCAAAUGGAAACAUGGGCUCCGGGGUGAAGCUGUUCGACCCACAGAACUUGGGAAGAAUGGGCAGAAAGAAGCACUGAGUCGAUUCAGACAAUCCACACACAACAGCGGCCUCAACUUUAAAGACAUUUUGAAGGAAAAGGCUGACCUUGGUGAGGAUGAUGAAGAUGCAAAUGUGCUGAUCCUCAGCUAUCCUCAAUACUGUCGCUACCGGUCCAUGCUGAAACGCAUCCAGGGCAAGCCGUCCUCGGUACAAGCAGACCAGUUUGCGUUAGCCCUCGGCGGCGUUGCUGUCAUUAGCAAAAACCCACAGAUCCUCUACUGUCGAGACACGUUUGAACACCCAACUCUUAUUGACAAUGAGAGCAUAUGUGAUGAGUUCGCGCCAAAUCUUAAAGGCAGACCACGUAAAAAGAAGCCAUUCCCACAGCGAAGAGAUUCACUCAAUGGCAUUAAAGAUUCCCACAACAAUUGUGAAGGCAAAGCUGUUGCCAAGAUAAAAUGUGAGGCUAAAUUGCCUUUGCCCAAAACCAAAAAUAACAACAGCAACAACUGUAAAAAGGGCUCAAAUGAGAAUAAAACCAAGGCUUCUGCAGGCAAUGAAUUUCAAGCAGAUGAACAGGCAUUCCUUGUGGCACUUUAUAAAUAUAUGAAAGAAAGAAAAACACCAAUUGAACGGAUACCCUACCUCGGUUUUAAGCAGAUUAACCUUUGGACUAUGUUUCAAGCUGCUCAAAAACUGGGAGGAUAUGAAACAAUAACAGCCCGUCGACAAUGGAAACAUAUUUAUGAUGAAUUAGGUGGUAACCCUGGAAGCACAAGUGCAGCCACAUGUACUCGUAGACAUUAUGAAAGAUUAAUCCUGCCAUAUGAAAGAUUUAUUAAAGGAGAGGAAGAUAAGCCACUGCCUCCUGUGAAACCUCGAAAGCAAGAUAAUGUCGCUCAGGAGGGGGAAAAUAAGAUAAAAUUGUCUGGAACAAAACGCAUCAAAAAUGAAAACCAAAAAAGCAAGAAAGAAAAAGACAAUGUGCAAAAAGCCCUGGGUGCAUCUGAGGUUCCGUCAGAACAAGAGAAGGAUCAAGAAUGCCCAGAUCAGAAAAACCUAUCUGAAUUAACAGCAGCAGAAGAAAUGAAGAUGUCUGUAGAAAGGCUACAGAUUUCCCCAACAGAUGCAAUUGGGACAUCUUUGGAAAUGGCUGAUUUGAAGGAAAUUGACUCCAGUUAUGAGGAGGCCAAAGAGGAGAUGCUAUCUGAGGAGUCUUUUUCGAGCACUUCAGUGCUUGCAGAAGAGGACAUCAUAUUGGACUCUACAGCCAGGAAACUCCCCAGUCCAUCAGAAGAUCAAGAAGAGCUAAAUCAGGAACAACGAGCACCUUGUUUUGCUGACAAUUUAGAAAGCGACACCCAAGAAACUCCAUUUAGUAACUUCCCCACCAUCCAUCUACCACUGCCAAGUCAAAAUGAGAUGGAAGAUGAUAAACUUCCAGAGAUGGCAGAUUACAUUGCCAACUGCACGGUUAAAGUAGACCAGCUAGGAAAUGAAGACAUACACAAUGCACUGAAACAGAAUCCCAAAGUCCUUGUAGUACAGAAUUUUGACAUGUUUGACAGAGUGAAUUCAACAGAGAGAGAACCACCAGGUUCCCUCAGUGGUGAUCCUAAUUUUGGUUACACACCACUCCUCUACUCCAAAGGCAACCCGGGCAUUAUGUCACCGUUGGCAAAGAAGAAACUUCUGUCACAAGUCAGUGGGGCAAACCUCUCCUGCAGUUAUCCUUAUGGUUCACCCCCACCUUUAAUCAGCAAGAAGAAACUGAGUGGCAAGGAAGAUUUACUGUCAAACAUGGCCCAAGCUUCUCAUGCCCCUUUGAUGGACAGUGCAGCAGUGAGCAGACCCUCUGUGAUCCAACAUGUACAGAGUUUUAAACCCAAGAAUCUGGAGGAAAGGAAGUCUGCUAGUGAAACAUACAGGCACGAAUCACUACUAAAGAAAACAGAUCCUGAAUGUUGUGACUUUUCCAAGCAGCACCUGAGCACACUGGCUGAAUCCUAUGCACUCAAGUCAGAAAUCCAGGACAUGAAAGACAGAAUGAAUGAAAAAAGGGCCUUGCACCACUCCCAUAUGCCCAGCUUCUUGGCUGAUUUUUACUCAUCUCCUCACCUGCACAGCCUUUACAGGCACACUGAACACCAUCUUAAUAAUGAACACACAUCAAAAUAUCUCCCUCGUGACAUGUAUAGAGACACGGAAAACAUUUCCAUGUUCCCUCAGCACAGGCACCAAGACAAACGUAGCUUAGCCUAUCACCCCCCUUUGCACCAACAUGAGAAAAAGAGCCCCAUGGAAGCCUCAUCAGAUGAUCAGCCAACAGAUUUGAGUCUUCCAAAAAAUACCCACAAACAGACUGCGAAAGCUCUGGGAUCCUCCCUUUUGCACGCUUCAUUGGGACAACAGGAGAGCAAAAGCAUAUCCCAGUUCCAAGCCUUGAGCAGCCAUCCUCUGAGCAUAGACUGUAACCCCAAAGCCUGUCGGGUUUCUCCAAUGACUGUAUCCUCCAAGAAGCACGGCGAGCCACUUGUCAGGUCUGCGAAGCCACCAAAUUUGAGGAGGAUGGAAGGCAUGGUCCAUCCGAUCCUAAGCCACAAAUCCAAUGCUCAAACCAUUGGGUCAGCUCGGCCUCUGAAGCGUAGCAUAGAGGAUUUGGACAAAGCUGUUUCAGAGAAGAAGGUCCGAGCUGUCUCACCCCUCUGCGUACCAAAGGACACCCCCAUGAAAGACAAGGGUCUUGAGCAAGAGGCUGAGGGCAGCAAGUCUGUACAUGGCCUACCUCCCAGUGGGAUGUUGGAAGGCCACAAAUUCCCUCUUUCAAGCCCUAUCUUUACUGGCUUGUACCCAGGGACUUUGUGCAGUGGCCUGAGCAGCCGCAUUCAAGCUGGUUACUCUCACCCUCUGCAUUACUUGAAAAAUCAGACAGUGCUUUCACCGCUAAUGCAGCCUUUGGCUCUCCAUUCAUUCAUGGUGCAAAGACAGUUCCUUACAUCCCCUGGAAAUUCGCAGCAGCUUUACAGGCAUUUAGCUGCAACAACACCUGUAGGAAAUUCGUACGGUGACCUUUUGCACAGCAACAUUUAUCCUUUGGCUGCUAUCAAUCCUCAGGCUGCAUUCCCGCCUUCUCAGCUAUCUUCUGUACAUCCAAGCACAAAACUGUAAAUCCUUCCUUUCAAACACAACAAACAAACUACAUUCCUUUAGCCUGUGAUGUCUUGCGAGAUUUAAAACAAAACCAACAAAAAUAUCAAUAUUUGUGUUAACUAGCGAGCGGUUUUGUCCCUCAUUGUGGAAUGCUUCAGUUUUGAUUAAGACAAGACUGUGGUUUAGUUGGGCUUCGCUUUUCUCCUCUGACUCUCAUGUCUGCUCCUUCUGUGGUGUUUUCCCAUGCACAAGAAGGUUCAAAAGGAUCUGUAUCUUGCUCAAAAUGAAUGUGAGAGCAGACCAGGUGGUACAUUCCUGAUCUUGGAGAAAAAUAUUUUUUUUCUUUUUCUUUUUGUCCCUUCCCCUGUCCAAGAGUGUGGGCUUUGGAGCAUUUCAAUAAAAAAAAAGAGGCAGGUCUGAUGACAGAGAAGGUAGGAAACACAUACGAUCUAUGGGUGUUGUCUCUUCGGGUACCAAUUGGGUUCCUGGCUUUUCAGAGUUCAAAUCAAUGCAAUGUACAGUAAAAUGUGUCAAUAUUCAACUUAACACUAUCAGAACAGAAAAAGUAAACACUGUUAAACUAGAUUGUACAUAUCUAUUUCAAAAACAAAAGAAAUGCCAGUGUCAACGUCACUUGUAUAAUUGAUGUAGAUUCUUGUUUCCAGCUAUUCUUGUUACUCUGUUUUUGUUUGGUUUUUAAAUUAAAUAGUUUAUUUUUACCUGCAGCUUUUUUUGGUAAAAAAAGCUCUGGCAAUUGAGGGCUUUCAAAAAUUGCAUUUUCCCCAUUUCCUUUUUCCUUGGCCUAUAUUUUAGAGCAACUUUUGGAGGGAUGUCAUUGUUUACAAAAAAUAUAUACAUUUUCAAUGAACUUUCUCAAUGUUGGAAGCAUACUGUAGAUCAUACAAUGGUGCAAUUCGGUUCCAAGUGUAAUUCCUUCUGCAGUGACCUGAUCCUGAAAGGUGCUGAGCAUUGCUUCACCCACCACAUUGGUUUUCAAACAGUUUUACUGACUUCUGAGAUUUUGCUUUCCUCAUAUCAUGGUCUGUAAGUUUGUUAAGGACUGUAUUUAACCUUAUCUAGACUGUGAGAUUGUCCUGCAUACCAGAGGGGAAAUAUACUCAGGACUGCACUGGCAACAAGUUAUUCAAUAACAUUUGAAUCCAGAGGAUCUUUCUUGUGGGCUUGAAACCAUUUCAAGAAUGUCAACCAUUAGAAUAAAAAUUAGGGAGGGGGGCAUAAAAGAUGGCCUGAAAUCUGUGCUUCUAAAGAAGGAUCUGUGGGGGUUGGAUGCUUUUCCUAAGAAAGAGAUUGUAACCAAGAGCAAAAUACGGAGUUUUAAUUGUCUGAGCAAAUUUGACUGUGUAUUGUUUGUACUGCCUUCUUGAAGUCCAGCAAAGUGCCAAACAUCCCACUGUGAUCCAGCAAAUUACUAUACAACACAUGCAGGCUACUAUUAACAUGAACAGCAGCUUAAUCUACAAGCCAAAGCACUUGGCUCCUGACUUCUUGGUUCAGUUGGAAGCUGCAACUUUUACAGCAAAGCUUGGUCUAGGCAUCUUGUCAUUGACUCCGUGGAGUGUUCCUGCCGAAAGCCAGUCUCACUUCAAGAGUGAUGUUUGGCUAAUGCUCAGAAUAUUUCAGGACUCAGACAGUGGCAGGAAAGUUUGGAAAAUAAUUUUGUAAGGGCAAAUUUCUUUUCAGUCGAGGAAAGGCUUUGAUGGGCCAACAAAUGCAGCUCCAUCAAUUGAUUCUCUCCUGCACAAGCAGGGAGAAGUUUUGAUAAAAUAUCUCUCCUUAUUUUCCACUCAUGUUAUGGGCAAAGCAUUGGUACUUUUGACACUCUGUUUGCCCUCAUGUGAAUAGCAAGGUAGCAUUCUCCACUUAAUACCCUCAAUAGGCAACUAGUUUGCUCUUGUUUUGACUUGUUUGUGACCACCUGAUGUUCAAAGGGAGGAAAGCCUGACAGCCUGCAUCUCCUGCUGCUCAUAUGGAUGGAGAAGGUGGUCGAGACAACCAUUUGCUUUCAGCUUUUAUGCAAACAAACAAUAAAUGGUCCAUGCGAAAAUUUAUUUAACUACAUUUUUGAAUGCAUUUUAUAAUGCAAUGCACAUUCCUAAAUGUGAUUUUUCUCAAAUUAUAAAUGUUUUGUCACAUGAAACAAUUAAAAAAAUAAGAAACCUCACACAUUGCAUCAUGAAAUGUGAAGAUGCAUGAAUUCCAAAGAACCAUUUUGUCCCAAUUUGCACAUUUAUCUUAGAAGCAUGGAUCAAAUCAGCUCAUACUGGAUUUUGAAAACAACAAAUUCUGGUUCAAAAUGCCUUUUUCAUCCAGCUUUGAGUGGGUGGCUGGAGGCCUAAUAAGGGGAAAUAAACCCUCUCUUGCUGUUCACAUGGGCAGAAAGGCAGAAGAGUAUUGAGCAACUCUUGUCUUGUGAUAAAAUUUGUCUGUGUGAAAGUGUCAGAAGGUUAUAUUCUGAAUCAGAUGCAAUGCUGAAGACCAGAUUAAAACUCACCCCUACCCCCAACCCCUCAGUUUCAACAUCAGUUUCACAUUCUUCUUACAUAAUCCACCAUCACAAUGGCAUUUCUCACUUAAAAUGAGUUGGCUUUCAGAUGCAACAUCCCUGGUUCUGUUCAAAUCAUGGAAAGAAUGCCAGUUUACACUGACUGGAAUUAGUAGUAUGAAACAAUAUGAUCCAUCCCAGUCUCUCCUUAAAUUUUUUACUUCCCCAAAGGCAGUCAAAUGUACAUGGGCGACAUUGCCUCUUUGGUGCCAUUGCCAUUAAGGAGCUGGCAUAAGAAAAAUAUGAUGCAAAGAGAGUUCUGUGGGCUUCUUUCUUCCCCAAAAUAAAAACCCUACAGGCAGCAAUGUUUGACAAUCACAAGAUUCCAUGUUUAAAAUGAAAAUUUCAUGGGAAACCAGUCAACCUACAAGGGUAUGGAUUUUUUUAGACACUUCUUGGCCAUGGCUCUUGCAGACAGGCUGAACUUGGAAGCAUUUUAUAGUGUGUAAAUUGGCCAUGAUCAGUACCAAUCCUAGUUGCAAUUCAAAUUCAAUGGAUCAUGGCAACUACAGGAAAACAAGUGGAAACUACUUAAAGAACACCGUGCAUGCAUGCCAGACAUCCUAUAUUAACAUUUCCUGUGAUAUGAAGCCAAUUGCAAUAUCUAGUGUAACCUAUUUAAUAUACAAUGGUGAGAAAACCAGAUUAAUACGCAUCUACUGUUAAGGAUCAAUGUUAUCUUCAAUUAAAUGCUUUUAUGUCCUUGUGAUAAAAUUAUAUGAACCGGUGAUACAUAAGCAGGCUAGUAGAAUUUAGAAUAGAAAUGUGCCAAUGCAAUCUUUUCUUUUUCUUGCUGUGCUGCAAAUAUUGAAAAGAAGAAAGGAAAAAAAACAAUCAUAGUUUAUCAAAUGCCAUAAAGAAGGCAUUGUUAGUCAAAUUGCACUAAAUCUGACUAAUAUGAUUAUUGAGGGAGGGGAGGGAGGGGACUUGGGCAGGAUUAUACAGGCCUGCGAUGAAUAUUUUCACAAUCGCAUGACUGGUAUUGUAAUCCAAGAUCUCUCAUUUGUUUGGGAUACUCUGCAUGUAGGAUUGCCUGGUACCUCUUAUAAUAGGGGAUGUUCCUUGUUUUAGAAGGAUUGCCCCUUGCUUUGGAACAGCACAGGUUCAUAAAAACCUCUUCUUCGCCCUCAUCAAGUGAUUUACUGCAAGCAAAGGCAGCCCCGGUUUGCUCAGAGUGGUUCAGCCGUGAGCUCCCACCCUUCUCUCCUCAUUUCUAUGGAAAGGAUGGGGCUCUGCACAGUUCUUUUCCAAAUCUCACCUUUCUUUUUUAAAAGGUGUAUUGUCUUUGAAUGUUUGAUCUGGUAACCAUAAUCUGUUAAGUCUUAACCUCGUGUAUGUCUUCUGCACAUCUCCAAUUUCAGCUGCAUUGUAUCAUUUUUUUUCUGAAAAAGAUCAAAUUAUUCUGAAAUAUCAGGAUUAAUUAAUUUCUCCCUUCCUUUGUUCAGUAGAAGAAUGGGUUUAUUUUUAGAAAACCCAAGAUACACUGUCCAAGAUGAGGGCAACAGGGGCAUAAUCCAUGAGCGUGUGGGGGAUAAUAAUAAUGCUUAAAGACCUUUUUAAAAAAAUUCUAUGAAUUUUAUUGAGUAUUAAAUUUUCCACUGGCAGAUAACUACUUUCUGUGUCUUAAAUGGGGCUUUGUUUGCUUUGUUUAAGUUCAAGGGGCCUUAUUAUUAAAUGAAAUUGCACAAGUUUUUCUUUGUGCAAUCAAGCCAUUGUUAUUGGUCGGCUGGUAAAGGAAACAGUGAAAUCUAAUUGGCAACAGAGUAAUAAAUCUAUUUACCAAGAGCCCGUUCCAGGAAAUGUUGUAAUUCCAACACACUCUGUUCAGGAUUUAUUAAAGAUUCUGAAGGCUAGUGAGAUUACAAAAGACAAAGAAAAACAUGUUUCAUAUAAAGUCUUGAUAGAAACUGUUCACUUUAUUGGGAUUUGGGGGGAGGGGGCAGAGUAUUUCGGGUGAGGCCUUUUGCAUCCGCUUCCUUCCUUUAAUAAUCAAAAGAAAUAGAGGAGUUCACCAUUGUAAUCAAUGCCCAAAAUAAAGCAAAUACUUUUUUCUAGCUUGUUGAAUUGCCACAUGUAUCUCUAAGCAAGCAUGCAGGGCACAUAUGUAACCGUGGCUUUUUGGACUCAGUUCAAUGCAGUCUUUGGAGUAAUGCAUCAGUUGCCAUUCCCAUGAUUUCUCUAACAACCCUCUGAGUAGUAUGUACACUGGCCCUUCACAUUUGCAAGCUUGAUUAAUUAAUUUGAUUAAUAUGUUUCCUUUAGGAAUCUCUAGGGUCUUCAGGCAUGACUGUGGUUAAUGUCCGCCAUAGAGUUGUGCUAGAGGACCUACAGACUCCUAGAGAGAACACUUCCGUAAGCCUUUGUAGAUCGUCCAGCUUGAUUCUAUGAUCAGCCUUCAGCAGAAGUUGUCCACAGACUCUUGUGUGGGUCUUGCAGUCCUAACCCCAGCAAAUGUGGAGGGCUGAGCACACAUCUUUGUGAACAAGAGAAUGCCAGAAUAGUUGGUUGUGUCUUUGCCCCACAGUUUACAUUACCCAGAAUAUAGUGUGGUUGUGUGAUCCUUCAGAGAGACAUCUGCCCAUGCCAUCAGCAAUAGUCUCCUGUGGAGUGUGGAUGUCUCCUGGUUGGUAUGUAAACAAAUAAUCCAGCCCAACUGUAUCAGUAGACACAGAGGAAGCUACUUAGGGGCCCUUCCAGAAUCUGAGACCCAGCAUGGCAAUUCUAGGAAUUGAAGUCUCCCAAAACAACUCUCAAAGCUCCAGUAUGGAAAUUACUUGGGAAUGGCUAAGGAGCAAACACAAAGAAGGCUGUGGCCAUCCUAAUUCUUUGUGGCAUCUAAUAGGGAGCAAAAUUUCAUUUCAUUUUUGUUAGGUAAUAGUGUCCAUGAACUCUCCAAAUCUAUUCUAUCCUGCUUUGUGGCUAAUGAAAGCCAGAAACAUUUUUGUGGUGUGUGCCUUUAAAGGAAGAAGCUGAUUUUUAAAAACUCAUUUAUUAUUGCACUUGCUCAGAUUGUGCAGUAGUGAGCAUAGUCAAACCUGGCCCCAUUUCACAAUUUGUAUCACUUACAGUGGGGGUGAAAUCACUGACAUGAGGUUUGCAGUAUUGAAACCAUUGUCAUAAGCACUUAACCAGUGUUUGCUGUAAAUGUAUUUGAUAUUUUACAUGUAUUCCCUCUCCCCCAUAGUUUUUAAAUAUGAUCUAACAAAGGCAGCAUAAUCUACUAGCUGUUUAUACUUUCUUUCAAACCUUCAUUUGUUGUAAAUAGUGUAAACAUUCUUGUGAUCCGAGUUAUUGUAGGUUAUAUGCUCCGUAAGGUGACUAUUUGUAUAUAGAACAAAGUGGCCCAGUAAUAUUAUAGUUUCCCAUUUUUAAAAAAAGAAAGUUAAAAGGGUUAUUGAGUAACCUUUCACAUUAAAUAAGUUUAAACACUACCAGAAAGAAAGAAAAGCUGAGCCAACUAUAAACACUCAAUUUUUGUAUGUUUUCCAAAUUGUACGUAUUACUGCUUUUGAUACUGUAUUAUGUGCCAAUAGUUUCCCAAUCACAUAGCAAGCAAAAGAUAUUUUGUACUUUUUGAUCCACUGUAAUAUUUAAUAAAAAAUGUUACUAUCUGUC